AUGGCUGUGGAUAAUUGGACCAUAAAUCUUGAAUGUGAUGGGGCACCUGAAGGAGAGAGACAUGUGCAAACAGAAAUGGACAGAGAUGUGAUAUGCUACUGGAACCUGAUUGAUUUGAUCAAGGAUCAUGGAUACUCAUCAGUUGACUAUCUAUACUACAAGCGAAAAGAUAGCUUGGUUGUACUAGAACAAGAUCCUGAAGUGAUGAAAAUGCUUAACGAGUGUGAGAGCAAAAAGAUGGUUAGCUUGUUUGUGACAAAGGACAGACUGGCCACUUUAGCGCCUACCAAGUCCAACAAAGAACCAUCCAAAUCUAAACCAAAAAAAACUAAAGCUGAUGGCGACAAAGAACCUAAAAAGCGAAAGGGGACUGUUUUAACACAUGUUUGGGAUCUACUUGACGGAGAUAGGAUAUUAGUAAGAUGUAAUAAGCUUGGACAGCCCAUUGGAAAAGAAGGUGGCCUUUUAGGCCAAUUUUUGGGCACCAUAGCAAGAAAUGGUGGUUACUGUCCGGUUGGUGCCAAAGAUUGGGGAAAAGUUAAGAAAGACUAUGGAGAAACCAUCAUUCAAUUUGUACAGACAAAGUUCUUGUAUCCUCAUUCAUGUGAGAAAUGGAUAUUCAAAUCAAUUGGAAGAGAUUGGAGAAAAUACAAGGCAACAUUAAAAAAGACACUAUUUAAUCCAAAGAAGAAAAGGUCUGUUUUGAACAAGCGUUGUCCAGAUGAUAUUGUUGAAGCUGAAUGGAAGGCCCUAACCCUUAGUGAAAAGAAUAAAAUAAGUCGUGAAAUGAGGAAGACAACUCAUACAACAGGUAUAAAGAGUUAUGCUCGUUGGUCUGAGAACAUGAGGCAAGCUGAUCCUAAAAAAAAACAGCCACAUAGAGCAAAGGUUUAUCUAGCCACUCACAGGAAAAGGGGAAAAGGGAUAAAUGAGCCAGUGGUGUUGGGAGAAGAAAAAGCUGGACAAGUGCACGGCAUGGGAUUGCUUCCGGUUCCUAAACAAGUUUAUGGUCGAAAAACACACCAUUUUAAGGACAUUAAUAUAGUUUCACUAGAUGGCUCAUCAUCUGAUGUAGAGGUUCACAUGUUGGAGGAAAUAAGGCAACUCAAAGAGCAUUCUAGAAUGCAAGACAAAGUUAUCGAAGAACUAAAAAACAAUCGAGGCACAAUGAGAACCAAGAAGCAACAAUGGUUGGGUCCACAAAGUGCUACUAAUGACUUGAAAUAUCCUAAUAAGGCUAAUGUGGCAUAUGCAACUCUCUUGAGCACUAAUCCAGAAGCCCUUGUUGGUGGAGUUAAGAUAGGAAGUCAAUUCUACAAAGUGCGUAUCAAUCAUCCUAUAACAAAAGAUGAGCCAUUAGUGAGGCCUAUGCUUGGGUGCGACAAUAUUGGUGAUGCUCAUGCCAAAGGAGUCCAAAUUGCUUGGCCUUCAAUGUUUGUUCAAAUGAUUAAUGGUUGA